ACACUAGGAAAUCCUGCGAAGGCGGAGCAUCUCACGCACUUCGGAGUUUGAUGAAGAGGGGAGAGGAAGAGUAGAGCAAAUAAAACACAAACCGGCCUCUGGGAAAGACACAGCUAAAAGUUAAAACUUCUUAGAUAAAAGGCAGUUUUGACUGAGCUGCUCAUCCGUCACUUUCAUCAUAGUUACACUCGCGCUGGUUUCGUUUCAAGGUUUCUGGAGUUUCAUUAGAUCACCAUGAGAGGGAUGAUCGUGUUUGCGCUGCUUCUGAUUCUACUGACCUCAGGGAUUCUGUCUAUCCAGGUCACCCUCUCUGAAACAGAGAAGCGUACAACUCUUUUUGCAUCUAUCACCUUGCGCUGUGAUUACUCCACCUCAGCUCAGCAGCAGAAUGUUUUGGUCACUUGGAAAUACAAAUCCUUCUGCAAAGAUCCUGUUCUGGACUAUUACUCCACAGCUUAUCAGUCUUCCCUUCAGCUUGGUCGAGACCCUGCCAAUGACUGCGUGGACUCGCAACGCACCGUCCGAACAGUGGCUCAGAAGCUGGGAUCUAAUGAGGCGGUGCUGGGUGUUGAGUACAGAGAUCGCAAAAUCUUCAUUCAGAACAAGGCUGAUCUGAUCAUCAACGAGGUGAUGUGGUGGGAUAACGGAAUGUAUUUCUGCUCUGUGGAAGCACCUGGAGAUACAGUUGGAGAUUCAGACCAAGAGAUGAAACUUAUAGUGUACCACUGGUUGACUGUUCUCCUCAUCAUCCUCGGUGUGCUGGCACUCAUCAUCCUCUUCUGUAUCUGUUGCUGUCAGUGCUGCCCGCAGAAGUGCUGCUGUUAUGUGCGCUGCCCCUGCUGCCCUCAAACCUGCUGCUGCCCCGAGAAAGCGGUGAUGCAGCACAGGCUGAUGAAGGAGGCGCAGAAGGCCAUGACGCCGUGGAUGAAUGGACAGCCAAUCUACGCGCCGAUGAGCAACCACAGCUCCUCUUACAAGAUGAAUCCCAUGCUGUACGCAGGCUCAGCAUCAGGCAAAGGUGCGAUGACACCUGUCCCGCUGCCUCCUCCACAGAUGGUAUCCAUGCACAGUAACAUGCCUCCUUCCAGCAUUUAUGGUAAUGGCAGUGCUCAUGGGACCAACCAAAUGCUGGACUAUCUGGAGAGUCAGAUGCGUGGCAUGGACGUCACCGGCCCACUGUUACAGCCACAGCCUGCCAUCCCACUGCAGCACAUGCCUCCUCCUCCCCAACACAUGCCGCAUCAUGUGCCUUACUCUGCUGGCCCUCCUAGCAUGCUCUCCGGCCUGGACGAUGGUCCCAACACACGAAGGGUACUGCCCGGCUCACGAGGAGGACGCCCACAAGCCUACUCCAGUGGCUCAUCCACUUACGGUGCCUCCCACCGCAAUGACCGCCACAUCUAUCGUCAGGCAAUUCCACGCAGCUACAGUCAGGAAGAUGUCCUGGACACCCGGAGCCAGUCUGGAGAACACCGUCCUCGCUCGCGUUCCAGGGAUGAUCUGCUGGCCGAUGAUCGCCGGGGCCCAUCCAGACGAGACCAUUAUUCUCCUUUGCCCCGCCGCGGUUCAUGGGGCUCAGCUAAUGAUGAGGACAGCAGACGUGGAGGUGCUCGAGGAGGUCGGGGAGGCAGCUGGUCCAAUCAUCCAUCCAGUUACACUGAGUAUGAGCCCGGAAAGAAGCCGAUGAAGCGGCCUGAACGUUUCUCUGAUAAAAAUUCUCGAAGUGGGACCAGUAUAGUCAUCUGACAUCUGCAUCUGAUCCACAGUGCCUUUAGACCAACUUCAUUGAAGCUUCUGUGUUAAUGUGCACAAAACAAAGUACAUUUGUUUUACUGAACAUGCUUGAAGGAUGUUACACUGUACAUCAUAUUAUUGUGCAGAGCAGUUUAUAUAAUGUGAAUAUGAAUAUCAUCUUCUAUUAAUGGCAUUAGAAGCUGUAUUUUAACUAUAAAAUAAUUUAAUAGGUUGCUUGUGUUUUAGGAUUUAUCUGUGUAAACUAAAUUUGUGUCAAUAUAUUUAUAAAGCUUUUUUUUUCGUAAUAUAGCCACAGCAUUUACAGCAUAUGGCUAUAAUACAAGAAAUUGGUAUGACACUCUUGUUUGCAUUAAAAUUCAGCCUUGCGUUUUUAUAUUAACUUCAACUAUGUGUAUAUGUUAAUCACUGUUGCUGCACUAAAGCACGUGAACAGCCUCUGUAAAGUUUUUUUUUGGGAGGCAUGUUUUUUAAUUUGCAAAUAUGAUGGAGAAUCUGUCAAUAUGUUUAUGUAUCAUAUGCAUGUCUCCUGCAAGCAAUUUGGUGCAAUCCUUCCUUUUCUAUCUGCAAAAAUAAAUCCUGAGGUCUGUACAACAAUCUCA